GGAGGACACGCAGGUAGUAUGAGAUGGAAAUCAGUGACUCCAUACGCCAAGUAUGCCCUAUCCUGGUACCUAUUAUCUGAUAUAAGUCUUGUCAAUCUUGGUCGAUUCUGAUUCUUGUCAUUUUCCAAGCUGGCUUCAACCUCUUUUUCAAUGUUACCUUGCUUGUUAAAAUUCAUCUAUUUUAUGAAACUUGCUGUUGUUCUAGAAGAUAUACUAUAGUAAAUAUGGCUUUCCCUCCAACUUGGCAGAAGUUUAAGGACUUCAUUUCACCUACGAAACAACCAAUUCGAGCCGCAGCUGUAUCCCAGACUUCCCGCCCUAUACCAAGAAAGGCCGCUGGACGACCUUCUUCAUCAAACUGCAAGAGAGAGCCAAUCAUAAUCACAACUAAAGACGUCAAUUCUAAACCGAAAAAAAAUGUGUUGGACAUUAUCACGAAAGCUGCUGGUUCAAAUUGGGUUUUUGUAGCAAUGAUGGCUAUCGUGCUUGUUUGGGUCAUAUUUGGUUUCAUUAACGGCACGACUGAUACCUGGCAAAUCGUCAUGCAAAACGCCUCUUCAAUUCAAGUUUACCUAACAGAUAUCCUGCUCCUUAGGCAAGCUUCCAACGCCUCAAACUCUCUUAUAACCACUCUCGCCGAGCUCCAGUCGCGCAAUCAAACUUUUGAGCGCCUUCUUCGGCAAAUACCCGGCUGCCAGUGGAUGGAAACCCACAAGAAUCCUGCUCAAAAAAUGUUCAAAGAUGAUGAACCUGUUGAAUCCAACGUCGGUAAUAGUCUACUUACAAGCGGCGAUAGAAAUAUAUCCAAAGCGCGCUACAUGUGGAACAACACUUGCAAAACCGUUGCUAGUGGCCUCGGCUCGAUUUGGGCAUAUAUCAUUUACUGGAUCGGUAUAUUAUUUUGGGUUGGCAUUGGCCCUAUAUUCCAAUUCAGCGAUACUUGGCAACUAUAUGUUAAUACAGCUACUGCAGUUGCCUUGACAUUUACUUCCGUCUUCUUGCAGAAUAUACAGCAACAGCAAGAGGAUAACCUUGAGCAAUGUCUUGAAUAUGCUCUAAGAGUCGAUUCCGAGGUUGAGUGGCGAUUGAGAGAGAUUGCAAAUGAUUACCAACCUAAUCCAAUAUUUGAGAUCCCUGCCCCAAAAAUCAGCUGGAUUGAUAGAGCCAUCGAUAUCUUUGCGGAUAUCAUGGGCUCGGGCGUUGGGCUAUUGAUCACUCUGAUUGUGACGAUUGCCUGGAUAGCUGUCGGUCCCGUUCUCAAGUUUAACGAUAACUGGUGGUUAAUCAUUGGUACCUUUACCGGCCUUGUGGGUUUUAUCGAUGGUUUUGUACUUCGUAAUGUUUAUCACCGCGACGAGAAAGUUGCAGAGGAACAAUUCGAGAAGAUUGCCGAGAGUGAUGACCGAUUAUUAGAUUUACUUAAUAUCCCUUCACCAUACCAAACCCCUACCAAGCCAAGAAAUUUUAGCACAAGAGCAUCUGCCGCAGCAGGAGAGUUUUGCGCAUUAUCGGGUGUGUGCGUCGCAUCUGUCGGUGUUGUAUUUGCAUUACUUGCCACUGCGUCUAUAAUGAAAUGGUCCGAGACUGGUCAACUUCUGUGUAAUACACCAACUAUGAUUAUCGAAGGAUUUCUGCUUCUAAUUCUCAUCCAAGCCCAUAAUAUCGCCAACGCCGCCCGCGGAGAAGACUUCCAAUCUCUCCUCAAACAUCGCCUCCUCCUCAAUCACUUCGUCUGUGAGCUCUCUGAAAAUUCAGAUCGUUCUAGCUCUUCAUACCCCCAUAACCCCGAUGAAAAAUUCAUCGACAACACCGACUUCUAUCCCAUCGACGACGACAACACUCAAGACAUAAAGAUAUCUAUUGAGCAAGUUGAGAAUCGCAUUUGAGUGCAAAUCAUGGCUCAAUUUUCUUGAAAUAUCCUUCUUUUCUAAACACCGUCUUUGAAGCUCAGCGUAAUGAUAACGGAAUGUGCGAUGUUUGUUCAUACUGUAUACAAUAUAUACCCCCAUACUAUCUUUAAAUCUAAUCAAAUUGAACUUUCUUUCCACAAACAAUUUUCUUAUAAACCUCUGCACAGAAGUGCAUGUGGAACGUUUUAGUCAUAAUUAUUCCGUAUACACUCCCCCACCACCCAGCUCUGUGUGCUAAAAACAAAUUUACCAUAUUAUAAUGUAUAGAUACACA